GAAAGCGGUCCAUCCCAUGAGUCCAUGCAAGCUGUUUUUGAUUUACAAGCUUUCCGACCAGUGGUCAACCUGAGCAAUCCCACUGUGACCAACAUCUCCUUCACACUGUAUGCCGUGCUCGGGGUGAAUGAGAAGACACAAAUUCUUACAACAUUCUUGUGGCUGAGACUGUACUGGCAUCAUGAGUUUCUUGUUUGGGAUCCUGACAAGUGUGAUGGAGUCUCCAGGAUUUCGCUCCCUGUGAACAAACUCUGGUCUCCAGAUAUCAUCAUCUAUGAGUUCGUUGACGACGACGUCUCCCAAGCUUGUCCAUACGUCUACAUCAACCACACAGGUCACGUUCGCUGGGACAGGAUGCUGCGUCUCGUCUCAGCCUGCAACCUGGAGAUCUUCAGUUUUCCUUUUGAUGUGCAAAAUUGCACUUUUACCUUUGGCUCCUACAUGCACACCAUUCGUGACGUGAGGGUUAGCCCGGCGCUGACCUUCGAGGAGAUGUCCAAGAACUCGAAGCGUUACCUGGAAGCCAGUGGAGAGUGGGAACUGGUGGACAUACUGGGAGAAACCUCCAUCUUGCAGUUUGGGAUUGACGAAUGGGACAUCAUUACUUUUUGGGUGGUGAUAAAGCGACGUCCAAUGCUCUACGUGGUCAACCUGCUCAUCCCCAGCUCCUUCCUCAUGCUUAUUGACAUCCUGUCAUUCUACCUGCCCCCCCACAGCGUGGACCGGGCCUCCUUCAAGAUGACCCUCAUCCUGGGCUAUACCGUCUUCCUGCUCAUUAUGAAUGACCUGCUGCCCAGCACCGCUAAUGGAACACCCAUCAUAGGUAUCUACUUCUCAGUGUGUCUUGCCCUAAUGGUGAUCAGUCUGCUGGAGACCGUCGUCAUUACGAACGUUCUCCACAACAACUCCAUGAAACAUCUAGCGGUCCCACGGUGGGUGAGGGUGGUGGUGCUUCAACAUGUCGCCAACCUCAUCUGUUACCGCUGGGAAGAGGAGCCACAGCCUCCCUCAGUGAUUCAGGAAAAAUCUUCUGAAGCGCAGCGUCCAAUUACCCAAUCCGAAAGCGGGACUUCGGCCGAAAACCCAAUCAGCAAUGAAGGCACAGCCGCGAUGGCCGAGCUCCAGCAGAUCUGUCAGCACCUGGGCGAGCUCCGUGUUCACCUGACUUCCAUGCAGAAGGAGAAUGAGCUGCAAGAGCAAUGGUGCCACGUCGGCUACGUCCUGGACUUCCUGCUCUUCCGCAUCUAUCUCCUGCUCAUCUCCUGCUACGCCCUGGUCAUCAUCUCCAUGUGGUGCAUCUGGAUCAGCCCAGCUUAG